CCCUCUCUCCCUCUGUGUUUUUCUCCAGAGACCUCCAGUUUUUGAACACCACAGUGUUCUUACCUACUGGCCCUCCACCCCACACACACGAACAGAGAGAAGCGCAGGAGCCAUGUCUCUUCUACGUGUUCCCCUGUUGGCUGUACUGGUCACUGUGGCCCUGUGCCAGUAUUCUGAUUACGACUACGAGCCUGUUUCCAUGCUGGGACCAUCAGGGCCCAACUGUAAUCGUGAAUGCGAGUGCCCCAUCCUCUUCCCCUCUGCCAUGUAUUGUGACAGCCGCAAGCUCAAGUCUGUUCCCGUAGUCCCAACAGGGAUCAAGUACCUGUACCUCCAGAACAACCAGAUUGAAGAGAUCACUGCAGGAGUGUUUGAUAACGUUACUGCUGAACUUCGCUGGCUUGUUCUUGACAACAACCAGAUCACCAAUGCUAAAAUAGCAAAGGGAACAAUCGACAAACUCACUGCCCUGGAGAAGCUAUUCUUCAGCUACAACAACCUCACAGAGCCAGUCAUCCCUCCCUCAAAGUCCCUCGAUGAGCUGAAGAUAAUGGACAACAAGUUGUCCAAGUUCCCCUCUGGACUUCUGAACGACAAAGAAAAUUUGACUUCCAUCAACCUUCAGCACAAUCAGCUCACCUCUGAUUCCCUCAGUGGGGCAUUCAAAGGGCUGAAGAAGCUGCUGUCCCUGGAUGUGAGCCACAACAAGCUGAAGAAGCUGCCGGCCGGUGUCCCCAGUUCACUGGAAAUCCUCUAUGCUGACUACAACGACAUUGACAGUGUUGGAGCCGGAUACCUGAACAAGCUGCCCGCGCUGCAGUACCUAAGGAUCUCCCACAACAAGCUGGCGGACGGUGGGAUCCCUGCUGGAGUUUUCAAUGUAUCAUCACUGGUGGAGCUGGACCUGUCGUUCAACAGGCUGCAGUCCAUCCCUGAGAUCAACCUGCAUCUGGAGCAACUCUACCUUCAGGCCAACGAGAUCAACAAGAUCGACAUGUCAAGUUUCUGCAAGUUCACUGAUAUAAACACCUUUUCCCAUCUGAAGCAUCUGCGUCUGGACGCCAACAACAUCACACACAGCAACAUGCCCCUUGAGUCUGUCAUGUGCCUGCGCCAAGCUCAAGAUAUCAUGUUUGAAUAAGGACCUCCCUCCAAUCUAUGGCCUUUCCCUGACCCCUCUGUACGAUCAUGACAGCUCAUCCCCUGUGGAUUUAAAUGUCAUAAUAUCCCAACUUUUGAAUUACGGACGUAGAUGUGAUUAAAAUCCAGGGUAUCAUAUGAUAUCUUUAUCAAUUAAAUACAAACAAAUCUUCAACAAAUCUAAAGUUGGGUAAAUUGGAAACAUUUUGAAAAGGUUUUGGUAACAUAUCUUGCAAAAAGUCAACUUCAGUCAGCAUCAAGCAAGUAAAUACAAAUGAAUAUUCAUGUUGAAAUAAAAAUAAAAAUAAAUAAAAUUACAAUAAACAAUAUAAAAAGUAAAUUAAAAAAAGUUCUAUAAAAAGAAAUCAAUGUGUAUGCUUUGAUAUAAAAAAGAACACACACUUUAAACAUUCCUAACUUGUGAUUGAAUACAGAUAUAACGGAGUAAGCAGCAGCUUAAGUUCUCCAAAGUCUCGUUUCAGAUGUUGCGUCACUUUGUUGUCUGUCUUGUAUGUUCCAGUGUUUAGCAUGUAGAAUAUAAUAUGGGUACAAUGAUGAAUCCAUUGCUGUGCAAAGGACCAGCUAUAAUAAGGAUUGCAUACUCAGUGUUUAAUGCCUUUGUGAGAAAAGAUGAUCAAAUUGUAAAAUAGUUGCAGUUGAAUUUUCAGUAUCUUACAUGAUUUUUUGAUUCCAGCGUUAAUUCCUUGUCUGUCAAUAUUUACCCACUUGAAACUCCAUACCUAUAUUCUAAUGAGUCCCAGUGAUUGACUCCAUUGAUAAUCAUUCCUGUAGUGAAAUGAAAAUGUCCAUUGUCUUUAGGGAAUCACUUCAAGCCCUAAACUACAGCAGGAUUUACAUGUUCCUGGUGUUAGGAAAUAGAAUGAAUGACACAAGUAACACUGGUGUUAUCCUCAAAAAUACUUCCUCUGACUGAAUGUCUCUUUGUUUUUCAGAACUCAUGAGUCAAAUUUUUUCUUUAUGUGACUUUAAUUCCUCUCUGUCCCCUGUCAUGCACAUCGCUGCUUUGUAUACUACAUUUGCAUUACUUGCAUGCAUCCCAUGGUACCAUUCUUUGAUAAUAAACUACAGCUUUUGCAGUUAAGGUGUUUUGAAGUUGAUAAAUGCUUUUUUUAAAGAAGAACAAUACAAAGUCAACUUGGCAGCGCGGUCAUGUUGAUUGAAUUCAUGUUCUGAGAAAAUGACAUUUUGUUCAGGUUUGUCUUUUCAUCGUGAUUUCUCAUGUGGCCUUUGACUCGGUUACUGCUCUUGGAUUUUCUGUGAGGAAACCAAACACAGUUGAAUAAACUAUGUUUCCAAAA